AUGAGCAAUAAUUUAUUAUCCAAGAUAGACCUUCAAUAAAGUUUGGCUUACAAGUAUUCUUAAUAGGAUACAUAUUAUUAUACAAAGUCUUUAAAUGAAUACAUUGAAAAUGCUAGAUUACCACAUGUGAUUAAUUUUCAUUAUGAAACUAAUUGUAAUGAACAAAGUGAAUAUUUAAGAAGAACAUACAAUAUUCGUAUAUAUUUUUUCAAUAUUUUAGAUGAAAUAGCUACUAAACUAACAUUAUUAACUGAAUAUUAUAAGUACCAUAAUGAGAUUCCAAGAUGCUUCUUACAUAAAUUAGCUGACAUUAUGAGUAGGUAAACAUAUGAGUUUAAUUAUUGUAGUUAUCAUGAUAAGAAAAGAAGAAUUGAAUAUUUUAGAAUUAAGAGAAUGAUUGAAAAAGAGAAUAAAUCAAAUCCAAAUUAACCUAAAAAGAAAAUAGUUGGAGAAGAACCAGAUGAAACAACUACAUAAAAAUCUGGGAAACAAUAUAGUAAUAUCUUAAAUGAUAUUACUGAAGUAUCAAGAACAAUUGAUAAAAUACAAACUAAACUUAAUUCCAUUAAAUUAAAUGUUGGAGAUCUACAAUUAUUGCCUUCUAAUAGAGAAUAAGAUCAAUUAGAUAAAUUUCUUAAAUAUCUUACUGAAAAGAAAUAAAAUAAAUAGAUGCAUCACAUUAUAUAAACGCCUAACUCAGUAUCUCUAAAAUUACCUAUUGGAUUAUCAUAGAAAACAAUCAAAUAGGUUUUAUCAAGAAAGAUGAUUAAUUAAUAAUCUACAUAAAUUACUUAAUAAACAAUAAGUUCAAAUAAAUCAAUUAAAUAAUAAUCCCUAUAUCAAUAACCAUCUUAAAUUCAAUCUUCACCAAGAAUAAAUAUAAAAUAACUACCAAAACAAAUAGGUUCAUUUACAUAAAGAACAGUCAAAGAAAAUGCCUUAUCAAAAUUAUUAUCUCCUUUAUAAAUUUAGAUUUUUAAUACAAAUAGGUAUGUUUAUUAUAAUUAUACUUAUUUUAGUUAACAUUCAAAUAAAUGUAAAACCAGUAUUUCAAUAUCAAAAUAAUUUAAAAUUACUGAUUCUGUUAAAUCUUCUAUAAGAUUACAUUAACACACCAAAUCUGACUUUAAAUUCUUUAAAAAAUUAUGA